AUGGUUUUCCCCUAUGAGAAACUCCCUGCAAUCACUCAAAUCGAGAAGAUCGCCCAGAUCUUCGACGAGGCUGGAGUCAAGCACAUCGUGUGGACUGGAUCCAUACUUCGGCUGUACGGGGUGGAGGAUACCCAGCUGAGUGUGCCACACUACAUCGAGUUCGUCGUCGAGAACGCCUCUAUGGUCCGCGCAGUCCAGCUUCUUUACGAGGAGAGCUUCAGUCGCGGCUUGGACCAGAUGUGCGGCCGAUCGGGUGGCCUUCAUGAUGUGGGAACUGAAAUCGUGCAGUUAUCCACCGGCGAAGAGCCGCAUUUGGAUCUGUACCUGCACACAUGCUCCAAAGUCUUCGGGUCCCGUGUAAUCCCUGACGACGACGAUCCAGAUGCACCUAGUGCAAUGGGCGCGGUGCUGGUGUUUGGGGCCGGAAGAAAGCUAUCACUGGUUUAUGGGCACGCGCGUCCUGGACCAUCUGAUUUCAAGGAAGCUCAAACCGGGGGUCAUCGGCUAUAAGUCUCUGAACCAUCACUUGAAUGGAGUCUGGCGCGCGGUGCACGCUUGGGAGCCUUUCAAGGAUUUUGACGUCUGUGUGCAGCGCAUGGCGCAG